UGGCAGGUUUGUAUCAAGAACCAAGUAGUGUUGGAUGUUAGCCUAACAUGGUCGAACUGGCAAGGUGACUUACUGUGUCAAAUCAGUAAAACAGUUAGGUGUGAUAGAAUAAUAUUUCAGUCUAAAUAUUUCAGCGAUGUGAUGGGAUUUUUCUUGUUGUUUGCUUUCAGUAUGCUUUAUAGGAACAGACUGGUUUAGUGAACUAAUGGUCUUACCAAAAUCCCUUAUAUUGAAGAGAUUACCCUUACACAUCUGUGAUACCAGAAAGGAACAGAAUACAGAAAAUUGAAAGAGGAAAGUGCCUGUAUUUUUUGAAGACUACAAAUAUAUAUUUUAUGACCCUGACUUGACAUAUUUAAUUCAAAUUUUACACUAACAUUUCAAAGCUCCUGAGGUUUGUAGGUUAUGUUGUCAGGAUUGGGGAUCAGAACCCUGUUCACAGACGUAAGUCCAGCAGGACAUCAACCAGAUGGCAACAAGAUUACAGUGAAACUCAGGUAGGCUGUACUAUAAGCAUCAGCAGAAAGAUGCAGCAGUUUUAAGAAGACGACAUUCAAUGACGACUGCAUCACUAAUACAUCAAAGUAUUCACAUGUGAGAAAUACUCAAAAGAUCUGUGAUAUUCACUUUACAGCUGACCUCAAGAACUUCAGCUCCUGGUACGGCGUUUGGAAAUUAACGGGACAAAAUGGCUUGGCUCUUCACUCUGAUUUUUGGACUGCCUCUUCUUCAGAAAUCUGUCACUUCCCUUGGUUCUAUCUCAACACAACCCUUAAACCACAACCUGAACAUUCAGGCAAUUGAUGGCUUUCCGAAAACUUUGAUUGAGGAAAGAGUUGACAAUAGGUUGUCCAAAGACUUGCUUUUACCUCUUUGGCACAACUUUAGCAUAAAUGAGGCCUCUGGGGAAGGAAGUGGACUUCAACAGAGCCUUGAGGUUAUGAUGCCCUCUAGUGGUCCACUGGAGAUGGACAUGUUCAUUCCAGAGAAAAAAGAUAUUGAGGUGGAAGAGUUAGGUGCUCACCAUACCCCUCCAAUUCCACAAAAACUUACCCAGAAUAUCGAUGAUGAAGAUAUCAUUUUAGCUAACAAUAACAGUGCCUCUGAUGAAGCCACAUCCACAAUGGUUGUUCAGUUGACUACAUCCACCCAUACCCACAUAAAUAGCAAUGAGAGAAUGAACAAAGACCAACCUUUGUUGACAACCAUCAAACCAAUAACAGAGAAAAACUCUACUGAAAAUUCUCCAGUCAUGUAUUUAGAGACAUUUAAUACAAAUGUAGAGGCGAACAACAAAGAAAACAUGAAGACUUCUCAAGAUACAAAGUUCAUUGCAUUCACGCAGAUUUUAAGCUCCAUCACAAAGCCUGAAACAUCAGGGCACAAUGGCACACUUAUGACGCAGUCUGGCUCCAUCCAAGGGAAUCUCAUGGUGGGAGAGGAAAGUUAUGUCCCCAGUCCUCCACCUGCAGCCACACCUCCAUUAAAGACUGGUAUGGAGAGUCUUGAAGAUACUACAUUUGAUUUAUCUGUGGGGUCAUCGCCUACUACACCAUCAUCAACUACAUCUGUUUUGCAGGCAAAAAGCAGAGAUUACUCAAAAAACAAAGAUGACGAAAGGCCAAAAUUGUUUGGAAGUUUGUUUGGACCACUAACAGAGAGUGACCCACCUAAUGUCAAACGUACAUGCAUACUAGGCCCAUGCAUGGUCUCCACCGGUGGCAAUGUGACCCGACUACAGUGGGACGAUUUGAAACGGACACUAAGCUUUGCUUGGGAGCUCCAUGUGUUUGGCUCAGCUGUACUGUUUCUGCUGGUGGUGGUUGCUGCAACUUUUGGAGUGAUCGGUGGGGCUAGUAUGCUCCAUCCCUUUUGUCAGGCAUUCACUCUUGCUAACAUCCUGCUUCUGCUAACAGGUCUGCUUCGAUUUGUACAGCUCAUAAUUGACCCGUAUGGUACCAGAAAUAUUCUGCCUCGCCCUGCCCUCACUGCUUUGUAUAACUUACCAGUUCCCUUAUUGCUCUGGGCCCAAGCCACCUUGACACUUCUUGCUCUGAGGGAAGAAACAUCUCCUCAUCGGCUCUCAGUGACUGGAGGACUGGCAGCACUGCACUGUAUCUCCCUCCUGUUGGCUGACCUGCUAUCCAAAACCUUGUUGCCAGCACUGCCAUUAAUGUUACAGACAUUUACUGUUUGCUGGGGGUUACUGCUUUGUUUAGGAAUCUUUUUCCAGUGUCUAAAGCAACUCUGCUCCUCCCACAGGUCCUCUCUGCCAAGGUGGAGUGGCCCCAAACGCUUAGAAAACAGUAUCAGGCGUGUGCUGUUGCUGUGUGCCCUCCUUGGGGUGUUGUCCUGCGCUCUGCAAAUCUAUAGUUUCCUCUGGCUGUAUGGGUUACUUGGUGACUGGCGCAGAUUUGGGUGGGGCUGGUGGAUCGGGCAACUCUCAGGCACGACUGCUUGAGCUGGCCUGGAGUUUAUCUCUUCUACUUCUGGGAUCUAGGGUGUUCUGGAAACCACAAGGCAGUAAGCAGACAGCUAAGAGAGGAUGGAAGGGAAAAUGCUGGAGCAGGCUGUUGGACAGGUUACAAAUGGGGCAUUGGAGGAGCCCAGAUAAGAACUGGGCUGAACUGUUGCCGAAUAACUGGGAAGGUCACAGGCAGUCCCGUGCAAAUGUCUGCCAGUCGGUGAUCCGAAACCAUGCAACUCCAGUGACCUCAAUCAUGACGGUGCAUGACAAUGUGGAAGUUAUUGGAGAAGGCGUCCUGUACAGCAGCAGUUACAACCACCAUGCAUCUCCUCUGUGGACUAGCGGUGUGGAAUGGCAAGAACAUGAGUGCUUUCUCUCACUUAUUGAGUUUGACCUUCAUCCCCCUUCACCCAUCAACCUCCAUCACAGCAUUGAUAGCGCACUCCAUCAUGCCCACUUGCUUGGUGUAGGUACCAUUUUCACCCCUUCUUCACCAUCCUGGACCCAAAAUGAGGGGUCAGGUGGACCACUAUGCGAUAAUGUUUUGUCACCGACCACUCCAGCUAACAAAGCCUAUAGUUGGGCUUUAGAUGCUGGCUCGAGCCCUAACUCCACUGAUCAUCUUGGGACUGCAGUACAACAGACUGAAGUGUCUAUGAUUGAGCCCCUGGCUUCCUUGACUCCAGAGACCAUUAGAAAAGUGUGGGAGAGAGAUACGGCCAUCCCAAGAGUCACUGUGGAUGACGAGUGCAUCAGCAUAGCAAGUGGUGAUGACGUCACUAGUCUUUGAACUACUAAAAAGUUUAGCACUUUAGCACUUUCCACAGAUUUAUGCAUUUUUAAAUAGACAAUGGACACAAUAAUCUAUACUAAGUAAUGUUAUUCUUUUAUUCUUACUGAAUGGAGUUUAAUGGAAUGAAUAGUCAUUUUUUAGAAGCUCUCUCUGUUUGACUGUGUAUGUAUAUUCAUGUGUCCCAAAAUGUAUGUACUGUGCUGCCUCUAAAUCCUGUUUUUACAAACUACAUAUUAAUAAAUAAAGUGAUUGUUGUAACUUACUGACUAUUGAGUAAAGACACUAACCUCUGGUUUCACAGAAAAAGGUUUAAGUCUAGUCCCAGUCUAAACUUCAUAUUUGAGCUGUUUUAACUGAAAGCAACAUGCAGUGACAUAAUCUUAAAAUAUGUCAGUGCCAUUUUUAUUGUCUUAAUGUUUUUUUUUUUCUAAGGCACAUUUAUAAAAGCUUCUUAAAUGUCCUAAUUGAACUAAGGCCUAAAACCAGGCCUAAAUGUUGUGUAUUUUAGCAUUGCUUGACUGGAGAUGGCCUGCGUUCCAGUUCGGUUUUUAAAUGCUCUUCCCUCGCUAACUUCCCUCGGUCUCGUUG